UCGUGGCGCGGCGCAAGCGCACUGAGUCCUAGCCGCGGACCGCGCAGACUGAAUAAUAAAAGGGGAGCGGCGAAGAGGCAGGAAGACAGGACCAUGUCGAAGGGCCCCGGGCCCGCCGGCUCCGCAGCUUCCUCGGCGCCCCCGGCCGCUACCGCUCAGGUGCUGCAGGCACAGCCCGAGAAACCGCAGCACUACACGUACCUGAAGGAGUUCCGCACAGAACAGUGCCCACUUUUUGUACAACACAAAUGCACACAGCAUCGGCCCUAUACCUGCUUCCACUGGCACUUUGUGAACCAGCGUCGCCGCCGGUCCAUCCGUCGUCGGGACGGCACCUUCAACUACAGUCCUGACGUCUACUGCACCAAGUACGACGAGGCUACAGGCCUCUGCCCGGAGGGAGACGAGUGCCCAUUUCUGCACAGGACCACAGGGGACACCGAGCGCAGGUAUCACCUUCGAUACUAUAAAACUGGAAUCUGCAUCCACGAGACCGACUCAAAAGGCAACUGUACCAAAAACGGCCUGCACUGCGCUUUUGCUCACGGACCCCAUGACCUCCGCUCCCCUGUCUACGACAUCAGGGAGCUCCAGGCCAUGGAAGCCUUACAGAAUGGCCAGACCACAGUAGAGGGCAGCAUAGAGGGCCAGUCGGCUGGGGCUGCGAGCCACGCCAUGAUAGAAAAAAUCCUCAGUGAGGAGCCUCGAUGGCAAGAAACCGCUUAUGUGCUGGGGAACUAUAAGACGGAGCCGUGCAAGAAGCCCCCACGGCUGUGCCGCCAGGGCUAUGCCUGUCCCUACUACCACAACAGCAAGGACCGGCGGCGGAGCCCCCGGAAGCACAAAUACAGGUCGUCUCCAUGUCCAAACGUCAAACAUGGGGAUGAGUGGGGAGACCCUGGCAAGUGUGAGAAUGGAGAUGCCUGCCAAUAUUGCCACACACGCACGGAGCAGCAGUUCCAUCCAGAGAUCUACAAAUCCACCAAGUGCAACGACAUGCAGCAGUCAGGCAGCUGUCCCCGAGGACCUUUCUGCGCCUUUGCCCACGUAGAACAGCCACCCCUAAGUGACGACCUGCAGUCUUCCUCAACUGUAUCGAGCCCCACCCAGCCAGGUCCCGUCUUGUACAUGCCAUCUGCUGCCGGAGACUCGGUGCCUGUGAGCCCCUCCAGCCCGCAUGCCCCUGACCUCAGUGCUCUCCUCUGCAGGAGCAGCAGCCUGGGCAGCCCAUCCAACCUCUGUGGCUCCCCACCAGGCCCCAGCAGGAAGCCUACAAACCUGGAGGGCCUGGUCUUCCCUGGGGAAUCCAGCCUUGCCCCUGGCAGCUAUAAGAAGGCCCCUGGCUUCGAGAGGGAAGAUCAGGUGGGAGCUGAGUACCUGAAAAAUUUCAAAUGCCAGACCAAACUAAAGCCCCACUCACUGGAGCCCAGGAGUCAAGAGCAGCCUCUGCUUCAGCCUAAACAGGACGUGCUGGGAAUCCUCCCUGUGGGAAGCCCCCUGACCUCAAGCAUCUCUUCCAGUAUUACCUCCAGCCUGGCAGCUACUCCCCCCAGCCCUGCAGGCACCAGCAGCACCCCCGGCAUGAACGCAAAUGCUCUUCCCUUCUAUCCCACCAGCGACACGGUAGAGUCGGUCAUAGAGUCUGCCUUGGAUGACCUGGACCUGAAUGAGUUCGGGGUGGCUGCCCUGGAGAAAACUUUUGAUAACAGCACAGUGCCCCAUCCCGGCAGCAUCACAAUUGGCGGCAGCUUGCUGCAGAGCUCUGCACCUGUGAACAUCCCUGGCUCCUUGGGCAGCUCUGCCUCCUUUCACUCAGCUUCCCCAUCUCCUCCUGUCAGCCUCUCUUCACACUUCCUACAGCAGCCUCAGGGCCACCUGAGCCAAUCAGAAAACACAUUUUUGGGCACCUCAGCAUCACAUGGAUCCUUGGGUCUGAAUGGAAUGAACAGCAGCAUCUGGGAACAUUUUGCCUCUGGAAGCUUCUCCCCAGGCACCUCCCCUGCCUUCCUCUCAGGGCCUGGGGCUGCUGAGCUGGCACGGUUACGUCAGGAGCUUGAGGAAGCCAAUGGCACCAUCAAGCGGUGGGAGGAGUCCUGGAAACAGGCCAAGCAGGCUUGUGAUGCCUGGAAGAAGGAGGCAGAGGAGGCCAGUGAAAGGGCCAGUGCUGCAGGUGCGGAGUGUGAGCUGGCCCGGGAGCAACGGGAUGCAUUGGAGGUGCGGGUGAAGAAGCUCCAAGAAGAGCUGGAGCGGCUCCACGCAGGGUCUGAUUCCCAGGCCCUGCCCACCUUUUCCGACCUGGAGGCACUCUCACUCUCCACCCUCUACUCCCUCCAGAAACAGCUGCGGGCCCACCUGGAGCAAGUGGACAAGGUCAGCCCCGAAGGUCAGGUUGCACUGGGCGUGUUAACCUCACCCAGCACUCAGACCCUGACCAGACCCAACCCAGGCUGCUCUGGGGGCAGCUGUACUCCUGAGAGCUCUGCCUACCACUGGACCAGCAUUCACCAUGCCAGUCUGCUGGGAGAGGGUGAGGAAGACAGGCCCCUUGGGAGGCAGGAGCCGCAGCACCCACUCCUUGUGCCCUUGACCUAAGCUUAUUGAUGUGCCUGGGCCCUGUGUAGCUCUGUCUACACGCCUGCACACAUUCCAGACUGGCUCAGGUACUGAGGCUUCCCCGUCUGCAUUCCAGGUUCCCUGUGGGCCCCCAGGGUAGUAUAUGACUUGUGGAAGGAGCAUUUCUCUCUUUACUAGACAGCCAGGCCCCUUGGCAUGUGAUAGUCCCUCUCCGUGCCUCACUUUUCUCACCUGGGGACCUAAGGUCACUACAAGAUUAAAUGAAACAGGUCUUAACAAAGGUACCAGAUAAAGCCCUGACAGAUGGGAACCUGCAGCCAGCACACUGCCCCACCUGGUGUUACCACCAGGCUAUUGCUGGGGAGAACAGGGGUCAGGGGCCUGAACCCCCCAGGCUGGAUCCUGACACUGCCCUCUGCUAGCAGGGUCCUGGAGCACACUGUUGAUUUCUGUGUGUCAGUUUCUUCCUGGGGAGGUGAAGUGAGAAUUGGGAGCUCCAUGCUCCCUUGGUGUGCCAAGCUAGCAGCAGAAACCGCACUUGUGACCACUCUAUCCCUUUUCCUGCAGGCUGUUUUCCACAUGCAGUCGGUGAAAUGCCUUAAGUGUCAGGAACAGACUCGGGCAGUGCUGCCGUGCCAACAUGCUGUGCUGUGUGAGCUCUGUGCUGAAGGCAGUGAGUGCCCUGUCUGUCAGCCCAGUCGGGCCCAUGCCCUCCAGUCGUGACACUACAGGACUGGCCCGCCAGGCCCAGACCUCUCAUCUAGGACUUUUAAAAGUAUAUUUUAUAUAUAUAUAUGUAUAUACAUAUAUAUGUAUAUUUUAUAUAUAUAUAUGUAUAUACAUAUAUAUGUGUGUAUAUAUAUAUAUAUAUAUACACACACACACACACAUAUAUAUAUAUAUAAUGUAUGUAUGUAUAUGUAUAUGAUUAUGUACAUGUAUACAUUUGUGUUCAGGUGUGCGUGGUGGCCAGCGUGUGCACAGUGUCUGUGUGUAUAUCUGUACAUAGAUAUAGACACACACUUUAAAACAGACUUACCAAGCACUUUUUAAAGAAAAGACUAUUUUGCAGUCCUCCCUUGCCCGCUCCCUACUCAGACACAAAGUCCUUCCUUCUCCCACUGGCCUUGGCAGAGAAUGUUUCUGUCUCUUUUUUUAUGUAGGAACUAACUAUUUUUAACUUUUUGAUGGGGCCUGAGGGGGGGGUGGUUGGGAAGCUAGAGGUGGCUGAGGGGAGAGAAGCCUUUAGGGCAGGGCCUAUGCCCUCUGCCUCUCCAGCCUGGGGCCUGCAGGAAGCUGUGGAAGACCCAGGUGCCCCCCAGCAUACCUUCCUCCCAGCAGUGGGGGGCCUCAGGGAGGCCUGAGGCUGUACUGGAGUUCUAAGCCAGCCCAGCUCCUGGGCUUACCAAACCUGGGUUUAGUCUUAAUGACAAUUGCAGGGGCUGGCGGGCUGAAGCCCACUCCUGCACCUGGACCCUCGGAGUCCCUGGAGGGGCAAGGUCCUGUUGUAUCCCUCAGGUUCUUGAGGCCUGGGUCCCCCUCAGUUUUUCCCUCCUGGAUUCCCCAGAACAGCCUUCUGGCCCCAGGGAUACCUACCAGGCCGACACUGCCCUUCCCUGCCCAUCCCCUUUCUGGUGUGGCCACGGUGUCGUCCACCCUUCCCUCUGGCAGCUAGCAGGGCAAUUGUUGGGGAGGGGUGUGGCCUGAGGACCAAGGUGGGCACAGGCCCUGCCCUCCUUGGCAGGAGGGCUCCAUAUGCAUUCCUUGGUACUCUCUGGGUGCAGCUGUCGUCCUGCCCGUACUGGGCAGACGCCUGUGUGCAUGUGUGUGUGUGCCUGUCUGAUGUACAUUGUGUCUUAGCUCAAUUUUAAAAAUUGUUCUAUACAGAGAGAUGCAGCAGGGAUGGGAGGGUGAUGCAGGCUGAAGGAUGCAACCUCACUCCCUGCACUGGGGCUAGGUGGGCCUGAGAGGGCUUCGAAGGGUCUGCCCUGGCCCAUCCCCCUUUUGGGCUCAGCACGAAAGGGCUUUCAGUGAAUCAAGUGAAAACUUCUUUUUUACAAAAAUGCAAAAAUCAAUAGAACAAACCUAUUGGAAAUAAACCAUGAACUUGC